AGAAGCGGGAGAGACAAACGUGCUCAAGAUGGCAGCGCUUUGGGCUCUCCUCGGCGGCGUGUUGUCAUGUCAGUAGUGCAGCCUCAUUUCCUGGAGGCUGUGCGGUCGCGCCGCGGAGUGGCUAUGGCGAUCGUGGCGACUCGCCGCCCACUGUGGAGUACGAGUGCGGCGGAGUUCGCGACCUGUCGCCGAAUCCGGGGG